UCGUGCAGUGUAGAACCAGCCUCGAGGCCGACCGGUCUAAUUAUGUUUAUAUUCGUGUUAUUGUUUUUUGCGGUUGCUUUAUUAUAUUUAACACAAAAUUAUCGAUACUGGAGUAAAAGAAACGUGAAACAUGAACCACCGUUGCCGAUAUUUGGAAAUCAUUUCAACAAUCUUUUCGGAUACAAAAGUUUAACGCAAAUAUCUGGAGAGUUGUACAACAAAUAUCCAAACGAGAAAGUGGUCGGCUACUACAGAGGUUCUGCUCCGGAAUUGAUCAUACGAGAUUUGGACAUCGCACGAGACAUCCUCAAUGUCGAUUUCAAUCACUUUUAUGUGAGAGGUAUUGGGAAAAAUCAUGAUAAAGAAACUCUAUCGAAGAGUCUGUUUCAUAUCGAAGGAGAUGCUUGGAAAUUAUUGCGUCAAAGGUUGACUCCGGCUUUCACUACAGCCAAAUUAAAGGCUAUGUUUCCUUUAAUUGUGAAUUGUGCAGAGAAACUGCACGUUGCAGGUGAUAAUGCAGUGAAAAACGGCGGAACUUGCGAUGUAAGAGAAUUGAUGGCGAGGUUUACGACCGAAUUUAUUGGAGCAUGCGGUUUCGGCAUUGAAAUGGACAGCAUUAACAACGAACAUUCCGCGUUUAGAGCUUUAGGGAAAAAAAUGUUUACGCGAUCCAUACGCAACAUUCUUGUGUUAGGUCUUUGGGAAUUGUUUCCAAAACUAGGAAGCAAAUUAUAUCUUUCGGAGAAGGAUAUAGAAGAAGCUAUAACUAAAAUUGUUGUAUCGAUAUUUGAACAGAGGAAUUAUAAACCCUCAGGCAGACACGAUUUCAUAGAUCUGCUAUUGGAGUUGUCGGAGAAAAGUAAAAUUUAUGGAGAUUCUAUUGAGAACUUCGAUGAGAACGGUGCGCCGAAACCUGCGGAGCUAGAUAUGGACAUCCGUAUUCUUGUUGCCCAAGUUUUUGUGUUCUUCGCCGCUGGCUUCGAAACAUCUUCCUCGGCCACGAGUUUCACGCUUCACCAACUUGCGUUCAAUCCAGACAUACAGGUCAAAAUUCAAAAUGAAAUCGAUCAAGUACUAUCGAAAUAUAAUAAUAAACUAUGUUAUGACGCUAUUGCAGAAAUGACCCUUCUAGAUAUGGCAUUCAAAGAGGGCAUGCGAUUGUUCCCUCCUGUGGGAGUAUUGAAUCGUGUAUGCACUAAAAGUUAUACCAUCUCACAGUUAGGAAUUACAAUAGACCCUGGUGUGAGAGUGAUCGUCCCGAUACAAGCAAUACAAAAGGACGCGAAAUACUUCGAUAGGCCCAAUGAGUUUUGGCCGGAAAGAUUCGCAACAGAAGUAAAAGAUCUCAACAAAUUCACAUAUUUACCGUUCGGUUCUGGUCCAAGGAAUUGCAUCGGUGCGCGUUUAGGCCAGAUGCAGUCCUUAGCUGGUCUUGCAGCGAUUCUUCAAAGAUUCUCCGUCGAGCCAGCAGAGAACACCACCCGGGAACUACCACCUAACCCUUGGAUGAAUGUCGUACAAGGCAUUAAGGGGGGGAUACCCCUUAAAUUGACUUUAAGAAAAAAGGAAUAGGUUUUUUCAUAAUUUUUGACGAACACGAGUUUUGCUGUUCGUUAUAUUAAUAAGGAAUAAAUGAUUUUUAUUUAUUAA